GCACAGUUGAAACACGUGUGUUGGCCGUAAAUGUUUUGAUAUUUUGUUUGUGAUUAAGAAAUGGAGUCGUCCGAGGAAUCGUCUGAUAGCGAAAUUGAAGAUCUGGUCGCCAGAGCACUGGACAAAAUUAAAAAUACAAAGACAAAAUCUAAAAGUAACUGUUCCAGAAAAGAAUCGAAGAAAGAAUCCGUGGAACCUGCUAAGAGCAACAGGAUCACUUUAUCAUCAAAAAUUCAGAGCAGUGUGAAUUUACAUGAUACUUAUUUAAAGGAACCAACACAAUCAACUGUCAAACAGACAAAGCAAUCAACUAUUCAGAAUUUAUUGAAAGGAUCAGACAAAGAUGAAAUAAUGAAAAAGAGUGUUCUUCAACCAGAUAUAGAAAAGAAGUAUGCAUUACCACCCUAUCAGGAAAGUUUACAGAAGCUGAAAAAACAGAGGAAGAAAGAUAAACAGAUGACUAAAGGGAAAGGCUGGUUCAAUAUGAAGGCACCUGAGAUGACAGAAGAGACGAAAAAUGACCUAACUGUUCUACAGAUGAGACGAGCACUGGACCCAAAACGCUUUUACAAGAGUAAUGACAUUAAGACUCUUCCUAAAUUUUUCCAGUUUGGAAAAGUUAUUGAGAGUCCGGUAGAUUUCUACCAUUCCAGGAUUCCAAAGAAACAGAGAAAAUCUACCAUGGUGGAUGAAUUAUUAGCUGAUGCAGAAUUCAGAACGUACAACAAGAGAAAGUAUGUCGAGAUACAAGAAGCAAAGCGGAAAGGAGCAGGACCAUACAAGCACAUGAAAAGACUCAAGAACAGAAAACGAUGAUUUAUGUUAGAUAUUUCAUAUCAUUGAUGGAAUAAAUAUAUCUUGUUAAAAGGAAUUUGCAAAACUUACCAUGUACAGUGUAGAUUAUGUUGUGGCACUUUCAGUAAAAGUGUCAAAUAAAAAUGAUAAUUAAAAUUUCUGUUAAAUGUCA